AUGAACCUGACCAAUGCUUCUCGCAGUAUGGCCCCAAGACCUCUCCGCUUCAGCGCCAGACGCUUUCCUCGAAAGUUCAUUUUUAUUUUACUACUAAUACUUGUUCCAGUUUGUGUCAUUGGAAUUUUCAUUCACAGUCAGAAGAUCUCCUAUUUCUUCCGUCCACUUUGGGACAAUCCUCCACCGCAAUUUGAGCAUUUGCCACAUUACUAUGCAGAGAAUGUUUCUAUGGAAAACCUUUGUCGCCUCCAUGGUUGGUCCUUGCGUUCCAAACCACGCCGUGUUUUUGAUGGAAUAAUAUUCAGCAAUGAAUUGGACUUGCUUGAGAUUAGGUGGCAGGAACUCCAUCCAUAUGUUACUAAAUUUGUCAUCUUGGAAGCGAACACUACCUUCACAGGCAUCCCAAAACCUCUCUAUUUUGCUACAAAUCGGAACCGAUUUUCUUUUGCUGAAGAAAAGAUUGUUCAUGGCACAUUUCCUGGCCGUAUUGUAUCAUAUGGGUCACACAAUGACCCAUUUAAACUUGAAUCCGAGCAGCGUGUGGCUAUGAAUGGGUUGCUUCAUCGGGCGGGUAUAUCCAAUGGCGACUUACUCAUAAUGUCAGACACUGAUGAAAUCCCAAGUCCUCACACCGUGAAACUGUUGCAAUGGUGUGAUGAGGUUCCUCGAGUUCUGCAUCUUGAGUUGAGGCAUUAUAUGUAUUCCUUUGAAUUCCCUGUCGACUAUAGCAGCUGGCGUGCCACAGUCCAUAUUUACAGCCCAUGGACCCAAUAUCGACAUUCACGCCAAACGGAUGUUAUUCUUUCUGAUGCAGGUUGGCACUGUAGCUUUUGCUUCAGGUAUUUGAGAGAAUUUGUAUUCAAAAUGACUGCCUAUAGUCAUGCAGACCGGGUGAGGCAUAAAGAAUUUAUGAAAUAUUCUAGAAUUCAAGAACUUAUCUGUAGGGGAGACGAUCUUUUCGACAUGUUACCCGAAGAGUAUACGUUUCAGGAAUUGUUCAAAAAGAUGGGUUCAAUUCCCCGGUCUGCAUCUGCUGUUCAUCUUCCAGCUUACUUGAUAGAGAACGCAGAAAAGUUCAAGUUCCUUCUCCCAGGAGGUUGUUUACGCUCAACAGGAUGA